CGGACAACUAUUACGGUCGUACAGGGAAUAAUCAGAGGGUUUUAUGAGGUACUUAGCAUUGAAGUUGCAUAUUUUUUAGUCAUAUAAAUAAUUUAAAGAUAAAUCUCUACCACAGUUUUAACCGCAAUGGCAGGGAACUUCUGGCAGAGUUCACACUACCUGCAGUGGGUGCUGGAUAAGCAGGAUCUCCUGAAAGAACGUCAGAAAGACCUAAAGUUUCUCACCGAGGAGGAGUACUGGAAGCUGCAGAUCUUUUUUGCGAACGUGAUCCAGGCUUUGGGAGAGCACCUGAAACUCCGCCAGCAGGUCAUCGCCACGGCAACGGUGUACUUUAAACGCUUUUAUGCCAGGUACUCUUUGAAAAGUAUUGAUCCGGUCUUAAUGGCUCCUACCUGCGUGUUUCUCGCUUCUAAAGUCGAGGAGUUCGGCGUCGUUUCGAACACCCGCCUCAUUUCGGCAGCGACAUCCGUGCUGAAAACGCGCUUCUCGUACGCCUUUCCGAAGGAGUUUCCUUACCGAAUGAACCACAUCCUGGAAUGUGAGUUCUACCUUCUGGAGCUGAUGGAUUGCUGUUUGAUCGUGUAUCACCCGUACAGACCGUUACUGCAGUAUGUGCAGGACAUGGGGCAGGAGGACAUGCUCCUCCCACUGGCAUGGAGGAUCGUAAACGACACGUACAGGACAGACCUUUGCCUUCUCUACCCUCCCUUCAUGAUCGCUCUGGCGUGUUUGCAUGUGGCGUGCGUGGUGCAGCAGAAGGACGCCCGGCAGUGGUUUGCUGAGCUCUCAGUGGAUAUGGAUAAGAUCCUGGAGAUCAUCCGUGUGAUCCUGAAGCUGUACGAUCAGUGGAAGAACUUCGACGACCGCAAAGAAAUGCCCACCGUGCUGAACAAGGUGCCGAAGCCCAAGCCGCCGCCCAACAGGAACGGAGACCAAACGGACCUCACUAUCGCACUUUCUCUUCUCUCGCAGUGAGAACGAGCAGAGCGCCAACGGGAGUCAGAGCAGCUCCUACAGCCAGUCCUAGAGCUCCCCUUGGUGGAAAAAAGACACGUGGCGGACACGCAAUAAAGAACCAAGACCUUAUAUACCCACAGACACACACACUACACACCGAAAGGCUCUGCUCAAAUCCGUUUGUUUUAACGACUGAGGAAUUAAGCAGCUUCUGGGAAAGCAGGUGUGAUCCCACACUGUGUGAAGCGAAGUGCUGGAUUGUCGCCACACACAGACACACACACACACACGCUGUGUGUCUGAAAAGUAUUUAGUUGCAUUGCAUUUGGGGUUCUGACCAUUUUUGGAUGGGAAAAAAGGAAACUUGAUCAUGUUUUGCAUUUUUGUGUGUGUUUGUGUGAUGGAGUGCAUGUGAGCGAGCUUGUAACUGCAGGAAUGUGUGUGUGUGUGUGUGUGUGUGUGUGUGUGUGUGUGAUUGUGUGUGUGUGUGUACGUGCCUUUUGUCAACCACAUCAGUUUGCAUUCCUCAGGGAAACGGCUCUAGUCUAAGACCGAUCCUCUUGGACCUCUCGUUGUGUCCUCCUGCUCACACGUCUGUGGUUCGUCACGCUUGUACACGUGUGCACCCCGUCAACACCAGUGUACAAGUUGUUUUCGCCGUCCUUUUCUCACAAACCUGCCAGUGUACAUAUGCUUUGUAAAUGUAUAUAUAAAUAAAAACCUUUAAACCCAA